UGACCAUGUUACUAUGUUAAUUUCUUCCUCAGUUAAUGACGUGUCAAGGCAAGGAUGCCUUUCUCUAGAUGUAAUUGAACAGGCUGAGGUUGAAGUUGAGAGAUUGAAUAUUUUGAAAGCCAGCAAGAUGAAGGAGUUGGUGUUUAAGAGGCAAAAUGAGCUGGAAGAAAUUUACAGAGGGGUCCACAUGGAUGUAGAUAGUGAUGCAGCUAGACAGAUUCUCAGCAGCCUCAUAGAUUCUGGUAAUGUCAAUUUGUCUGAUCUGCUUUCAAGCAUGGAUGAUCAGAUUAUAAAGGCCAAAGAGCAAGCUCUAAGCAGGAAGGAUAUUUUGGACAAGGUAGAGAAGUGCAUAUUUGCAUUUGAGGAGGAAAAGUGGCUUGAUGAAUAUGAAAAGGAUGAAAAUCGCUACAGUGCAGGAAGAGGAGCACACAAAAAUUUGAAGCGUGCUGAGAAAGCUCGGAUUCUGUCCGGAAAAAUACCAUCUAUCAUCGAAACUUUGACUGCCAAAGUUAAAGCCUGGGAAAUCGAGAAAGAAAUCCCUUUCUUAUAUGACAAGGUUCCUCUGAAACAUACCUUGGAGGAGUACACUGCACAACGACAGGAGAGAGAAGAGGAGAAGCGUAAAUCUCGGGAGCAAAAACGGCUUCAAGAGCAACAUAAUGCAGAACAGGAGGCACUCUUUGGUUCAAGGCCUUCUACAAAGAAGCCACUGGGACAGAGCACCAAUGCUAACACCAUGGUCGGCACACCAAUUAGUCGCCGGACACCCUUGGGACAUCACGGAGUCUCAGCUGGGAAGGAACGCAGAGAAAGUGGAAGGGUCCAUAACCUAACCCCUGUUAACUACGUUGCUCUGCCAAAGGAUGAUUCAGUUUCUCGGAGAAAUUGAGGGUCAUCUGUUGCCUUGAAAUAGGUUGUAAAUGAGUGCAUAUUUUUAAUUUUUAAUUUUUAAUUUUUCGUUCAAUGCUUGUCGACAUUAUCACAUGUUCAGAUAUUCUACUUGAAACAAUAGAGUAAGGAUAGUUUGGAGCAACCUGAUUUCAGCAUGUAAAUGAUUUGGUGGUGAAAGUUCAAAUCAACAUAGUCAUCUUCAA